AUCAGAAGAAACAUAACAGAAUAAUAUGAUAGCGGCGGCGCGGUCUACGCGUUCUAGACUCCCCUCUGACCCCCUGACGAUAGCGUCGAAGAUGUCCACAACCAGAUCCGCGUCCCUGCUCGCGCUGCUCCUCCUGGUCUCUGCGACCGCCGCCGCUGCCGGGACGAGCAAGGGCCGCGCGGGGGUGCGGCCGUGCCAGGAUCUGGCGACGCGGGGCCAGUGCGCGGCGAGCGGCGGGUGCCGGUGGUGCCGCAGCGAGGCGCUCGACGACAUGUGCUUCGAGGCCAUCGAGGCGUGGCGCCUUCCGCGCCAGGUGUUCUCCUGCGACCCACCCUCCGGUGCCGCCCACGCCCGCUUGAACUGAAGUAAUGCCGCGGCCGGCCGCCGGCGAAGCUAUGUUAUGCUAUCGCCUUGGUCGGGAUCGCUCGAUCUGAUCUCGUUUGUCGCCAGGCCUCCGUUGUUUUCUUUGCUGGAUCUGAGAUAUACAAUAGCGUGUUUCAUGCUGCUGCCUGUCUGGUCUGCGGUUCUUUCAUUCAUUGAUUGUGCUGCCCAUCAUACUCUCGAUUCUCAAAGUCCAAUGGCCUGUCAUUUGUAUUCUCAAAAUUAUGUUAAUGAGCACGAUCGUACCAUUCCAGAGUCUUGAACA